AGACCAAGAGCAACAGCAACAACUGUCAGAACAAGAACAACAACUCCGAUUAUAUUAACGGCAACUGCACAAGCGGCAAACAGACGGAAUACCGAAAAUCCCAAAGAUAUAAUAUUGAUGAUCCAGGAGCCGGCACGAGUACAGGCAACAACAUACGAGGCGAGGGGACAGCAGAAAAGCAACGUAAUAGCCGCUGGCGAGAGAAUCUACUCAGCAAAUUGCAAUUGCUCGCCGAAGAGAAUCGAGAGAAUAGCGCAUACGAGGGAUUCGCCCAUGUUGACAUCGACAACAACAACAACAACAACAACAAUUCCGAUCGUUAUAAAUACGCAGCCGAAUCCAAGAAUUAUACUGAUCAAGGUGCCCACGCACAGCAGGAGCAGCAGGAGCAGCAGGACAGAGGAGAGCGCGCCUCGAACUCGUCUUAUCAGAAUACCCUUUUUACCAGGCUCGGUACCAACAACGGCUUCAGUGAAACAUACUUUGCCUACGGCGAGCUCUUCAGUAAACUAUACAACUUCGGCGACAGCAUCCCGUAUCGCGAGUCAAGCGAACCCAUUGACUGGGAUAAUAUACCCACCAGAACGGUGCUCGAACAGCUCAGGGUUUCCAACAAUACUAAACCAGGUCGCGAACGACCAGAUCCUAGAUUCGCCGUUGACAACAACAGCAACGGUGACGCAAACGGUCCAGGUUUCGAGCACGCCCCAGACUCUGGCGUCAAUGGCUGGCAUACAGCUGACAGGUGCAGACAUGCUGUCGUCCCGCCAGGAUAUGAGUGGAGCAAUGCCUACUGCUACAGUUGAAGAGAUAGAUGUUCCGGUGUUCAUUGAUGAAUAUCUGGAAAAUAUAGAAGCAACGUCGUCGACGAGCAGCAGCAGCAACAAAAGCGGGGAGAUUGGAAAAGAGAUUUGUACUGAGACGGAUAUAUUUGAUUUUGACUUUGAUAUAAACCUGAUUGCCGAGGAUCACAUUGAGCGCAAGGAAAUGGAUCAGUGCAAUCUGGACAUGGAUAGCAAUUACAGCGACAACAUUAACAGCGACAUCAACGGAAUGGAUGAACUUCAGUUUCAACUAUUGGAAGAGGGCGAGGAGGAGGCACUUGACAUGGGCUCCAUGUGCAAUGGCAUCGACAUCACAAGCAAUCUGGGCGAAGAGCCCGAUCUGGGCAACAUACUGACCAGCGCCGAGAAUCCCAUGCUCAGCAAUUUCUCGCAAGGCUCCAUGCUCUACUCAUCCAGCCAAACGAAAUGCAUCUACGAGCUGCCCAUGUUGGCGGAUGAGAACAGCAUGGAAAACUAUUAUAACGCCAGUCAGCAGUCGCUCGGCUUCGGUCUCGGGCUCGGCAUCAGCCACCAGCUGGAUGGUGUUAACGAGGAUGCCUGCAGUGCUGUGCUCGUCCAGGAUGCUCCGCCAGCCAGCAUGUGCCUGGGCGUCAAGCGCACUGCCUCUGCGGCGGGUCUCGUGAACGCAGCAGAGUCGAUGCCCAUGAAGCGCAGCAACCUCUUGCAUCUUAACAUCAACAAAUCACAGCUCAUCAGCCAGCCCGAUAUCAUCAACACGCCCGACAUCAUCGAGCAGGUGCUCAACUUUGACGAUGCCAAUUCAGUUCGUAAUAAUGUGACCAACCAGGAUCUGAUUUAUGAGGAGCUGCGCAGCACUGAGGAUAACACCGCAUUCACCAUACUACCCGACUUCUCAGCGCCGAACACGCCCAAUAGCAAUUAUUCGGUCAGCAGCACAACGCGUUCGCAUCAGGCCACCUGCCAGACGGGCUUUGCUGGCUUCAUAACCGCGCCCGUGUCACCCGCCUUCUCCACAGCGAGCACAUCGCAGUUCAGUGUCACCACAUCGAUCACUGGCAACUCCAGUUCGAAGCGCAAGCGCGGACGUCCCGCCAAGGAGCACGCGGAGGGACCCGAUCCAGAGCUGAUGGCCCAAAUGACCGAGGACGAUGCGAAGGCGUAUCGGGAUCGCAUCAAGAACAACGAGGCUAGCCGCGUCUCGCGCAGGAAGACCAAACAGCGCGAGCACGAGGAGAUGAAGGAGGAGCAAGAUCUGCAGGCUGAACACGAACAACUAACAUACACGCUGCAGCUGGUCAUGCGGGAAGCCAGACGUUACCAGGAAUACCUCAAGCGAAACUAUCACAAGAAUAGCACGUAUGUCAAGCCCGAGCCGGACCACUGAGAUUCUCAUAGCCAUGCCAUAGUCAGUCAAACUCUCGUACCUCUCGAGUGUUGCAUAUUGCGACGCAGAGCUCUAGUUGUUAAAUUAAGCUAGUAUUCAUCCAUACCUAAGCAGGGAUUGUUGUCGUUGAAGGAGUCGCUGUAAUGUGUGCGGCACAGAGCCGCACAAAAAAAAAAAAAAAAAACACAAAAACCUUAACCGAACAGAUUAUCAAUUGUUCGAACAAAUUGAUGGAAAACUUUUAGAAAACAAAAUUCUUUUUUUUUUUCUUGUUACCAACUAAGUGAUUAUGCAUACUUACUUUCAAAGGCGUCACAUAGAAUGCGCACGGUUUUUU